CAUUUGCUGACAGUGCAGGAGUUUCAGUGCAGAGUAAUCUUCAGCCCGGUUCAAAUUAUCUCACGUAUACUCGCUACAAUGGCGCGGGAAAUAUUUCACAAAGAAGAGACUUUUAAAAUGCGCAAAAGGCUGAUUGGGCAGUCAUGCAGACUUUUUUUCUCACACGCCCCAGUGAAAAUAGUGAGAGCGCAAGGACAGUAUUUAUAUGACGAGAACGGGACGCAGUACUUAGACUGCAUCAGCAAUGUUCACCACGUGGGUCACUGUCACCCCAGCAUCACUCAGGCUGCAGCAGCUCAAAUGGAGCUUCUUAAUGUAAACACCAGGUUCCUCCAUGAUAACAUAGUCCAGUACGCAGACCGCCUAGCAGCCACUCUACCCAAGAAGCUGUGCGUCUUCUACUUUGUCAACUCAGGCUCAGAAGCGAAUGAUCUCGCUUUGCGGCUGGCCCGUCAGUACACCCAGAACGAGGAUGUUGUAGUUCUAGACCAUGCCUAUCAUGGCCACCUUACCAGUCUUAUUGACAUAAGUCCUUACAAGUUCCGGAAGCUGGCAGGCCAGAAAGAGUGGGUUCAUGUGGCACCUAUUCCUGAUACCUAUAAAGGUCUUUACCGUGCUGAUCAUCCCAACCCAGGAGAAGCCUAUGCAGAAACAGUGAAGAAUCUUAUCGACGAAGUCCAUAAGAAAGGACGCAAGAUUUCAUCUUUCUUUGUCGAAUCCUUACCCAGUGUUGCUGGACAGAUCAUCUUGCCACCGGGAUACUUUCAAAAAGUCGCACAAUAUAUCCGGGCUGCAGGAGGCGUUUUUGUAGCCGAUGAAGUUCAGACUGGCUUUGGCCGUGUGGGAAGCCACUACUGGGCUUUUCAGCUCCAAGGUGAAGACUUCUGCCCUGACAUUGUAACCAUGGGCAAACCAAUGGGCAAUGGGCAUCCAUUGGCAUGUGUGGUUACCACAGAGGAGAUAGCUGGUGCUUUUACAGACAACAAAGUCGAAUAUUUCAACACUUUUGGUGGGAACCCAGUAUCCUGUGCAAUUGGCCUUGCAGUUCUAGAUGUGAUAGAGAAAGAGGACCUAAGAAGCAAUGCAGUACGUAGUGGAAAUCAUUUAAUGAAGCUCCUUCGAGAGCUCCAGGCUACACACCCAAUUAUUGGAGAUGUGCGUGGUGUAGGCCUCUUUCUGGGCUUUGAACUGGUUAAAGACAGAGCGGUUUUAACCCCAGCAACAGAAGAAGCAGCACUGCUCGUUAGGAGGAUGAAAGAAAAACAUAUAUUCCUGAGCACAGAUGGACCAGGGGAGAACGUCAUCAAAUUUAAACCUCCCAUGUGUUUCAGUAUGCAGGAUGCUGAAAGGGUCACUGAAGAACUUGGUCACAUUCUCACAGAAAUUGAAGGGGGCCUUUAAGACCUGGACAACAGAAGCACAUAUGAGCAAUAAACAAACAAGAAAAAAGGAAGGACACUAACCAAAUGAAAAUGAAAACACUUUGACAAAAUAUUUUUUUAAUGUAUGCAUAUGUGAAUCUAAACAUUAAUUUGCUUUAUAUACAUUUUUUUUAAACACUAUUUACAUUUUUAUUAGCUUUUAAUAAAUACAGUAUAACAGAAA